AUGGUUCAAUCAUUCCUCCUCUCAUUGCUGGAAAUCAGUUCAGCAGGACGUGGCAGGAAGAAGAAACAGCAUGCAGGAAUGUUCAACAUCUCCCAGAUGAAGAAUAGGCCCAUGAUCCUGAUUGGUGCCACGCCCACGGCCUCGCUGCUGCCCCGCCCCCCCAUUCCUAGUCUCCAUGGCAGCGAGGCGGCCACCAUGCUCCCCUUUUCCCACCCGACAAGUUCGGCUUUCCUCACUACACCACCCUCCCCUGGACUGUACCACUCCGCUCACGGGGGUGACCUCCACAGCACGGACGCAGAGUGCCUUUCAGGCAGAGGAGCACAACACUCGCAAAUCUCGGACACCCCCCCGAAUCGGGGGACCCUCCGGCAGUCCCGUCCGGCUGCCGAAAUUUGUUUUUCUCUUCCUGGGACCGCUGACGCCCCCCGGAAAGGGAGGGAAGUCUCGGCAGAGACUGCGAGAGGAGGAUGCUGGGAUGUCAGACUGAGAGUCUCCGAAGCCGGGCCAGAAUCACGCACAAUCGGACCAAGCCCUGCGGGGCGUAUGAAGAACGACUCCGCACAGGGUAUCGACCUUAAAACGAGCCCCUCCUUAAAUGGGUGGGGUGUGGGAGGGCCUUACGUACGCACACUGCUACUGAAGAACUCCAUACAUCGCCCCCUGCUGGCCUGUGGCGUGAGGCGCAGCCACAGCCGGACCUUCGACAACCCGCCCGCCUCCGAUUCCCAGCAGCCCCGGCUGCACGAGGUGACAUCGGUGGGGUCAGGUGACCUGGCGGAUCGGCUGACCCACACCGACGCCCGGGGCAAGGCCGCCAUGGUGGACGUCGGCGGGAAGCCGGCGACGCGGCGGACGGCGGUCGCCACCGCCACGGUCCUGCUGCCCGCGAAGGCCUUCGGCCUGGUCCGGGAGAACCAGCUGGCCAAGGGCGACGCGCUGGGCGUGGCUCGCAUCGCCGGCAUCAUGGCCGCCAAGCAGACCAGCGCCCUGAUCCCGCUGUGCCACCCGCUGCCGCUGGACAAGGUGGCGGUCUCCGUGGAGCUGGUGGAGGCCCGGCGGGCGGCCGUCGUCACGGCGACCUGCCAGACCACCGCGCGCACCGGGGUGGAGAUGGAGGCGCUGACGGCCGCCGCGCUGGCCGCCCUCACGCUGUACGACAUGUGCAAGGCCGUCAGCCGUGACAUCACCAUCACCGACGUCCGGCUCGUCAGCAAGACCGGGGGGCAGAGGGGGGACUACCACCGGGACGAUUGAGUCCAACGCCCCCAAUUCAACCAUCGCACCCCCACAAUUCAGCCAUCCCACACAAAUUAUUAAACCAUCGUACCCCACAAUUCAAUCGUCACAACCCCAACAAUUCAAUCAUUGUAACCCAACGAAUUCAACCAUCACAUCCCCCAAUUCAAUCACCGUACCCCACAUUUCAACCUUCCCUUGAACAAACAUACUCUCCUCGGUUUUACAUCUCACUCGCUCCCCCAAACUGCCCCCCCUUACCUCUCCAUCGCAUCUGGUCAGUCACUCCCCCCUCCAAAACCAGCAGUCUUGACCCCCCAUCGUUCAUUCAUCUAACCCUUCUUACGGCCUUAUUCCAACAUGUCACCCCAUGAUCUCCACAGUUCCAGCAUUUCAUCACCCUAAAAGAAACCUCCAACAUCUCAACAGCUCAUCCAAUAGCUGAACCAUCUCAUCACAUUGGGGGGAGAGGAAGAAAGAGGGAGUGAGGGAGGGAGGGAGGGGGAGGGAGAGGGAGGCUGAAUGGACCGUGCUCCAGAGCUUACAUCAGUAUUGGGUGCUUAAGCUUGUUCAUUUUCUGUAUGUCAUUUUUAUCACUUAUCAUUUUAUGUUUCUCUCAUAUCGUAGCUCAUGUGUGCUUGAGCGUAGCUCAGGCGCUAAUCCACUGUGUCAAAGCUACUUGUGACUAUGCAGAAUUGUACACUACCAUAGAGCUUACCAUAGAAUUUACCACAGAGUGCUGCUAGGAUCAUUCCAUGAGACUCCUGUACGGAAAUGGACUGAGAAAGACCCUCAUAGGACAAGGUUCUCGCAGUGCUGAUGGCUUUGUGUUAGCAACACUGCAUAUACGGACUGCUAAUCGGUGUGCUGGGAAAGGCCUGGGAGUUGAUGGAAAGGAUUCCAACGAUUCCUCGGAAAAUCCAGAGAUCCGCUUUCCUCGCCGUCUCAGAGGGCUGUCCGGUAAAUUACUUGUUAAAGUCCUCCAACAAGCUAUGCCAGAAUGCCCCUCUUCUGGUUUCCCUGUGUGCACUGGAGACGAGAGGUCCUCACAAGUCUGAGUUAUGUCAGAGACCCAAGUCAGGGGUGGCCAAUCCCAGCCCUGGAUGGUCUCAUGACGUUCUGGUUUUUAUGGUUGCUUGUCACGUAAUUGGCCAGUUAAAGCAGUCGAUGGUUCUUGGGUCAACUGCUUGCUGAUAUUAAUGUGAAAAGAAAUAAAAAAAACAGCAAUCUUUCUGGCUCUCUCGGACCAGGGUUGGCCAUCCCCUCUCUAUGGUCCACUGGCUCACAGUGACAAAGACUUUAACAGAAGCUACCUUCAUAAAAAAAAAAUAACCCACAAUUCACCAGGCAGGCAGCAGGCGACAGCUCACAACCUUUUCAGCAGUUACAGUGUACAGAGACCCCAGUACCCACAGAUAUAGUACACACACAUAUCACCGCACAAAGACUCCGGCGUUGUAUAUUAGUCUGCAUGCUAACUGGUGAUUGUGGAAUAAGAUGUGCCUCUAAUGUCCUGUCCUCAGUGGUUAACCCAGGGUAUAGUGCCUGUCAGCAGGUGUGUGUGUGUGUGUGUGUGUGUGUGUCAUAUACAUGCUGAACUUACCCGGACUGUUCUUCUUUUGGUUCAAGGGUCUGCGCCCCUGGUCCUGGAGAGUCACGGGGUGCGCUGGUUACUGUGGUUACUGAGCACUUAAUCGGUCAAUUAAAGCAGCUGGUUACCCUGGUAACCCGCCUCGCCUGGUUUUCUUGGGUCGGGUUGCUGAUUUUUUAGGUGAGAUCAAAAAACCAGGAGACUCUGAGACCUUCCAGGCCACGGAUUGGGGACCCUCUGAUUUACCUGCUUUUUCUGAACAACCUUUAAUACAAGUUUAACUGAACUUGUGACUGUUAUGAAUUAAUAUGAAUGUGCAUAUUUUUUUUUGGGGGGGGGGAUUCAUGGAUGGUAUGUAUUCAAUGAGAUCUCUAGUUGUUGAAUGAGGUGUGCUUUGUUAGGGUUGGAGUGGAAACCUACAGGGUGGUAGAUAUCCAGGAACAGGGCUGGUCAGCCCUGCUGUAGUACGGGCACUGAACACACUCAACCAUCCCAAAACAAAUCUCAGAGACCUGACAAUCACCUAAUCUGCAUAAUCUGACUUUCAUUCCCUUUUUUUCUGAUAUGCGGCUGGAUGCUUUUAUAAUUCAUGUGAUAUUCGGAUUUAGUGCGACUGAAAAUCAGAUUUCUAUGUGUCGGGAGUGGGCAUGUUGUCUGAAACUGUUACAUUUUUUGGUAAAGGAAAAACCGUUUUUUGAAACCCGUUUGAAAGAAAAAGUGAGCACUUGGUUCAGCACUUAAGAUGUUCUCAUAGCAAGUGCAUUAUUGUCUGCCGCUGCCGUUGCCAGUGGAAUAUUAAUUGGAUAAAGCUUCUGUCAGACAUUCAGAGCCAUAGCUGAGGGGGAUUUUGGAGAUAAAAUAUGCAGAAGGUUAUCGCAAAGAAUCCAAAACCCACCCCCUCACCCUGAAAUACAGACACACACAUGAGAUCCUAACAAGAAAAGAGGAAAACAUUCACACACAUUCAUGUGCACUCCCUUGUGCAUUCUCUCUCUUUCCCUCUCUUUUUUUUUGGUUCUUUUUUAUUAUCAUUAUUAUUUUUGUUUUUUGAAUCUUUAUUCUUGUGUAAUGAAUUGACAAUGAUGUUCUAAUAAGGGGGCAUCAAAGUCUCUCUCUCUCUCUCUCUCUCUCUCUCUCUCUCUCUCUCUCUCACACACACACACACACACACAUACACACGCGCACGCACACAGUCAUUCAAAAAACACUCACAUUUUACAUGAUAUGCCACUAUAUUCCUGGACACCGAAAGGUGCCAUUUUGUUUCUUCCCCUCCCUUUUGCCUGGACCUAAUUAUCAAAAGUCACAAUUUCUCCUGUACUUCCAUGUAACUUGAAGAUGCAAAUAUGCCAAAUGAAUGUAAUGAUAACACAAUGGUGACAAUUAGGUCCAUGUAAUGAAUAAUGAAACUUUAAUCGUGUUACCCUUUCAAAGUCUUAUUUAAAUGCUUGUCAUGCUUGUAAGAGGUGUGCUAUUGGUUUAAUUUUUCCCUGUAAUCGGUGAUGUCAGUUCUAAAACCUGUGGUGACCACCCAGCAGUAUGUUCAAUGUACAAAGCUAUAUUUUUACAUUGGUACUGUAGAUAAUAAAACACUUACAUGACA